AUGUCUUCGCGCAACCGCAACUCACGCGGGCCGAACCGCAACAGUGGCACCACUCAGGGAGAGGAGGCACAUUUGUGGGGCCAGAUCCGAGACGACAUCCGAAGCAUGGUCGACGGCGUCAACAGCAGCAACGACUCGCUCCGCGCCAUCGUGGCACAGGACAGCUACAUUGCCAAGAACAAAGACGACAUCGACAUCGGCGCCGAGGAGCAGAAGCUCGACAACCUACUUCGGAGCGGCGUUAAGGGGGCCGACACGUCAAAGCAGCAGAUAGACGCGCUCAUCGAGCACGUCACCGUCCUGAGGGCUCUGGUCAAGGCUAGGGAGGACUCAGAAGCCCAGACGGCCGGUCCCUCGGGCCUGUCCGGUCGCGAGAGGCCAAGCGGGCUGCUGGCGGCAUCGUCCAGGUCGGCAUCGGCGCGUGCAGCAUCUAGCGCGCGAGAGAAGGAGCGCGAGAGAGAUAGUCAACGAGAUCGCGAUCGGGAUCCCGGGUCGGUCUACGAGUUCGACGGUUCCGGCGAUUCACCUGUGCCGUCCCCGGUUGGGAGAAAACUAGGAGGCAGCGGCGGGGCGGGUAGCGACCGUUCCGUCAACCGGGACAGCGUGCCUCCACGCGGCGGAGACCGUGAUACGCCGGGGAAGGCUGAUAGCGUCCCGCCCGAAUCCGGCGCCAUCGGGACGGCCACGGCAGCGCAGCGCGCGAAGAUCACGUUCUUCAAGGGCCAGGACGUGGUCUUCAAGCCGAAGCCGGCGACCACUACAGAGAGCACGGAAUGGAUGCUCGGUCGAGUCCAGCAGGUCCUGGGCGAGGGCAAGUCACGGCGGUACAAGGUGCAGGACGCCGACCCCGAUUUACCGCCAGAUCAGCGGGUGGAGUACCGGACCAGCGCCAGCAGCAUGAUUCCGAUUCCAGCACCGGGCGUGGAGCUGCCAGAACUCCAACCGGGCAAGACCGUGCUGGCCCUCUACCCCGAUAGCACAAUGUUUUACAAGGCCGAGGUGAUCGGGACCGAUGCCGCGACGGGUAAGACGAGUCUGCGAUUUGAGGGUGAAGAAAACAACGUCACUCUGCAGCUCGUAGACAGACGCUUUGUUGUCGAGUACAGGAAUUGA